UCAUCCAUUCGCUCAAGUACAGAGCACUAAUGGCCGACGCAAAAUGAGUUGAAAAAUUAUUUGAAAUCAUUAGCAAAGGGAUGAUUAUAGAUAUCUAGGGUUUAUUUAAUCCGUUCAUUCAUUCUGUGCUGUGAUUUUCAAUCGAUAAAUGGGGUAUUUUUGUUUCUUUUAUUAUCUGCAGAUUACUUUAGUGAGAAAAAGAAAAGCGGUAUGUGAUUCUCUCCAAUUUCUUUAGUCAAAAAGUUUUAUUCUCUUCCUUCUAGGUUUUGGGUUUGGUUUUGGUUUGUAUAGAAGAAUGAGACUGUCUGUCUGAACAAUUCCCCAACAAGUGAAACCGUUCUAAUUCGACUCUCUAGGUUUGUCCUGCAGCACACCACGUGUUUGAGAAAAGUCUUGAAAGAAACCCACAAUGUAAAAAGAUCAGAACUUGAAGUUGAAGUUGAAGAAGAAGAAGAAAGAUGAGAUCUUUGAGUACAGUGGGUCUUGCUUUGAGUCUUGUUUUUGGGUGUCUAUUUCUAGCUCUAAUGGCUGAGCUUUACUACUUGAUAUGGUGGAAGAAGAGAAUUAGUAAUGAAAGAGAUGUUGAAGUUAUCUUCUGUUGGAAAAAAUCAUCAUCUAUUAGAUCCACAGCAUUAAACCCUCAAGAGAUAUGUUCAUCAUUGAGAAUGACUGAUACCCAAGUUUAUCAGCCUCUUUCUCUCCUCCAUGCCCAUCAAAACAAGGAAAUCUGGCUCAGACAAUUUGGGGAAGAAGAAGGAGAAGAAAAUGAAGAAGCUGUCAGACUGCGGCAGAACAUUAGCCUUUCAGGUGGUCCACCGAGAUUUCUCUUCACCAUUAAAGAAGAAACUAAAGAGGAAAUGGAAUCUGAAGAUGGAAGAUCUAGAAAAGUGUCAAGAACUAGAAGUUUGAGUGAUUUGAUUCUUACAGUUGAGACUGAUCAAACUCCAUAUCUAACACCUAUGGCUUCACCACUUUACUUCACUCCUCCAAUGACACCAAUGGAUUCAUCUUCUUCUUCUUUAAGAAGCCCAAAUGAUUUCAACCCUCUUCUUGAAUCGUCAACAGAUACUGAAUUCAGAAUGAUGAAAUCAUUUCUAGCAUCAUCACCAUCACCGCCGCCAAAGUUCAAGUUCUUGAAAGAUGCUGAGGAGAAACUCUAUAGAAGAAGGCUUAAGGAAGAAGCUGAAAAGUGUAGUAAUGGUUCUUCUCCAAAUUCAAUGUACUUGAAAGAUGAGGGAAAUGGAACUUUUAUUAGUCUUGUUAUUGCUGAGAACAAGAACAACAACAACAACAACAACAGAGGUAGAGAUCUGAGUCCUGAAAUUCAUAAGUUAUCUUCUUCUUCUACUUCUUCACAGUGCCAUUCAAGCUCUUUACAGAUUGUAUCAUCCACCAUUAGAAGUAUAUCAGUUUGAGCAAUUGCUCUACCAUUUACUCUAUUUAUUUCCUAUUUCAAUCUCAUUACUAAUUUAUGAAAGCAUGAAUCUGUAUAUUUUUUUU